UUCGUGAAGUAUAUUUUUAACGACAAAACUUAACGGAAAAUUAAUAGCAGCACUUUAAGAUGUGUCUUGAUAAGAAUUUGUUUUUCAGUUAGCAAUGUAAAAAUCAAUAUGUCCUAUUACGGCAAGAAUAUCGCGUACAUGGUAAAGCCGUUCUUUUUAUAGAUUUAAAUUAAAAUAUGAAAUGAGUGUAAUGUUUUAAUUUUCGCACUAUUCAGCGUUUGAUUAAAAAAAAUUUAUAGAUGUAAAAAUUUUAAAUAAGUUAGCAAAAUAUUUCGAUGUUUCGUAAAAACGAGAGCAAUGUUAUUUACAAAUGCACUGUGCGUCUAUUAGAAGAUGAUAGUGAUAUUCUACAAUAUGAAUUCCAGCCUCAUCAUAAAGGCAAUUAUUUGUUAGAUUGUAUUUGUAACCAGCUUGCUAUAAAAGAAAAAGAUUAUUUUGGUUUACGUUAUGUGGAUCCACUUAAACAAAGGCAUUGGUUAGAUUUAGGAAAAUCCAUUUUGAAACAAGUCAAAGAAACAGAUCCUAUAAUAUUUUCGUUUCGAAUAAAAUUUUAUCCUGCUGAUCCGUUCAGAUUAAAUGGAAAUGGAAGAAUUACUUUAUAUCAACAGCUCAAAAGAGAUUUACGGCACGGCCGUCUUUAUUGUUCCACUGGAGAGGCUGCAGCACUUGGGGUAUUAAUAGUACAAGAGGAAAUUGGAGACUUUAAUCCAGAAAAACAUACGGGUGAUUAUGUUGCUGCUUUGCGGUUGGCGCUAAGGCAGACAGAGGCAUUGGAAAAAAAAGUGACGUCUUUACAUCAACAACGUCAAUCGGGACAACCUCCUUCAGUAGCUAUGGACGAAUUUAUGAGUAUUGCCAGGAAUCUGGAAACAUAUGGGGUCGAUCCACAUCCAGUAAAGGAUCACAGAGGAACCCAACUUUAUUUGGGAAUAAAUUACAGUGGUAUUUCUACUUUUGUAACUGGAAAGAGGUCGCAGCAUUUUAGAUGGUCUGAAGUAAGUAAAUUGAACUAUGAAGGAAAAAUGUUUAUUGUGCACUUGAGCUACACUGAUUCUACUCGUGAACCUAAAAAACAUACAAUUGGUUUUAAAUGUCCUACUGGAUCUUCUUGCCGUUAUGUAUGGAGAUGCGCCAUUGAGCAGAUGCUAUUUUUCACGCUUCCAAAUAGUCAAAAUGCAUCUGUUGUUUCUGGUGGAGGAUUUUUUUCUUGGGGAACAAAGUUCAAAUAUACUGGCAGGACUGAACGAGAAAUUCUUACUGAGAGUAUCAACAAUUUGCGUGAACAAAAGCUUUUGAAUUCAGCAACUCCUACAAAAAGAGCAAGUAGUGUUCCCGCAACACCUUCAAGUCCUCAAGGAGAUUUGGCUCAAAUACGAUAUAGUAGCUUACCUCGUUCAACAAUGUCAGAGCCGUUAGGGACUAAUAAUGUUAUGGGAUGUAUCGAACACUUUUAUCCCGAUAGUCACCCUGCGCAAUUAGAGCCAGUUACAGAAGAACAAAGGUUACGUGCAUCAAAUUUUGAAUCAACAAAUAAUACUGAAUUUCUAGAAUAUUACUUCCGCGAUUCCUUUGAGCACUCGUCCACAGAAAGUGGACUAACAAACCCGUACUCAGAAGGACAUCGAGGUCUAUUCCAACAUCCAACACAUUUGCUAUAUUCCAAAAAAACUGGAAAACAGGGAAAGGCGAAUGCUUUAAGUUUAAUUAAUAAUGAAGAUAGUAAAUUUUCAAAAAAAAUGUAUGAGAGUAGCAAAAAAUUCCAACUGUUAAAGGUUUUUAUACCAUCUUUUAUAUUUGUUGCAGCAACAACAUUCUUUUUUGUUGUUGUUAUUAUUGAAUCAGAACUAGAAUGCUUCGCUUAUUUAAGAAAUUUACCUGAGAUGAUUAAUUUAAAAUAUCAGUAUUACUUACCAAUCAAAAAUUAUUUAAAAAAAAAAUGGUAGAUAAUAAAGACAGUUAGGUAAAUGUACUUAAACAAUAGAGUUAGAAAAAUAAAACAAUUAUUUUUUCUUUUUCCACAUGUAAAUAGAGUUUUAGAUUAUUUAAUUAAAUUUAAAGUAACACCAGUAUUUUAAAAUAAACUGUAACAUUAUAAAAAAAAAAAUAAAUAAUAUUUUAAAUGCUUUAUAUAAAAAUAAUUGCAU